AUGAAAAACAUGAAUCUUCCUAUACUCUUUCUCGUAAUCCUUGCCACAAGUUUGAUUCAAGUCAUCGUUUCUGAUUGGAAUACAUGUUCUACAUGGACUUGGAAACCUAACAAGAAUACAGUCAAUGGGAAAUCAAGUCAUGCUGGUAAUUGUAAUGGACGUUAUUGUCCAGUUUGUAGUAGUAAUAGUACUUAUGGUACUGGUGAUAAUUGUAUUUCAGAAGGUAAAACUCAAGCUAGUAUUCAAUGUUUUACUUAUGAUACCAAAGCCCAAACUUGCAUUGAUGGUCAAAGUAAACAAUACACUUGUCAAGGCUUUGAAAAACUUAUGCAAUGUGAUGCUACUGCUUGUGAUUACAAUUAG